UGUCAUUGAAAAACCAGAAUUGAAAAUUUUCUUUUGAGUUUCCUUCAUUUUAGGCUAUUUUUCACAAUGCCAUUAGUCAUUUCUUCCAAGUCUGGUGUAAUGCAGCAAAGAUUAACAUUUUUAUGCAAUAAAUUUGCAGUAAGUUUAUGCAAAUCACUAGCCAUUUCAGGAGUAGUCUUGUACUUAUUCUACAUUAUCCUCUCCAACCAUCCCUGCUGCCGGUCCUCUAUGCUCAUGGCAAACUUGAGAUACACAUCAUGGCCUUCAUCUUCAUCUUCCAUUGUAGAUUCUCCAACCAACAUUACCCACCUUGUGUUUGGAAUAGCAAGUUCUGCAAAAACAUGGGAAAGUAAAAAACCCUACAUGGAAGCCUGGUGGCUGCCAAACAAAACCAGGGGAUUUGUCUAUUUGGAUAGAGCUCCCAAAGAGACACCCCAUUGGCCUUCAUCUUCUCCUCCUUUUCGUGUCUCACAAGAUACCUCUAGAUACAAAGAAUACAACAAACACGCAAAUCCACAUGCAAUUCGAAUGGCACGAAUAAUUUUCGAAUUAUUUAGAGAGGAAAACAAAGGGGUUAGAUGGUAUAUCUUGGCGGAUGAUGACACAAUCUUUUUUUUGGAUAAUCUUGUUGAGGUUUUGGGAAGUUAUGAUCAUAAUAAAUACUUCUAUAUAGGGUCAAAUUCAGAGUGUGUGGCAUCGAAUUUUGAUCAUUCUUUUGGAAUGGCGUUUGGUGGGGCAGGGUAUGCUUUGAGUUAUCCUUUGGUAGAAGUGUUGGUGAAGAAUUUAGAUGUCUGCAUAAAGACAUAUCCAACAUUGUAUGGGAGUGAUCAUAUUUUGCAGUCCUGUAUUACUGAUUUGGGAGUCUCUUUGACCCAGGAAAUGGGUUUUCAUCAGAUUGAUCUACACAGUGACAUUUCCGGAUUUCUAUCAGCUCUUCCACAGACUCCAUUCGUUUCCCUUCAUCACUUGGACGUAGUGGACCCAAUUUUCCCUUCAAUCACCAACCGCCACGAGUCACUGAAACACCUAAUGGAAGCAGCAAAAGCUGACCAGUCACGACUACUGCAGCAGACCAUUUGCUUUCACAAGCAAAGCAACUGGUCUCUUUCCAUAUCAUGGGGCUACUCUGCUCAUAUCUAUGAAAACCUUUAUCCACCAAGCAUUUUGCAUAGACCCCUCCAAACAUUUACGCCAUGGAAGAAGACAGCUAAACCACCCUACAUGUUUAACACUCGAGUUCCCUCAAAUGAUCCCUGUGAGGCUCCUCAUGUUUUCUACUUUGACGCCAUAGAAAAGACCAAGGGAAACCAAAUUCUUACAAGUUAUGUCAGAAGAUCACCUCGUAGGUUAGCAGCUUGUUCAUCAAGUGGGAAUCACUCUGCUGAUUUCAUAUCCAAAAUUCAGGUCCUCUCAACCUCGAGGAGACAUGGUGAGGCUGGUAAUAGAAGAGAGUGCUGCGAUGUUCUGCGUGUAGCUGACAAUCUGAACUUCACGGAGGUCAAGAUUAGGGCUUGCAUGAAGGAUGAAAUAGUGGCCUAUAUGUAAUACGAGAUAUUCAAAUUGUUGUAUGUUUAUUUCUUUUUGGGUGGAUUGUCAUAGUCAUUUUAUUACUGGGUCCAUAAUGAGCUAAAUCAUUCUGUAAGGGGUGAGGGAUGCACUCUUACCCUAAAUAUAAAUGGAACGAGUCCAUUUGACUUCAUUCAAGGUUAUAAGAGAAAUUAGGACUAAGAGACAAGUCUCCUCUCCACACACUCAUAAAUAGGA